AUGAUUGCCGUGAGCCGGUCUACCCUACUCGUAAGGACGAUCUCCCACAUUCGCCGUCACCACCACCCCGACCCCACUACGAGGACUAUUGACCCCACGGACGUGACCAAGGACAUGACAAGAGAGACCUUUUGGGUUACAGAGCUGACCCUUCCUGACGAGAGGAGCUCGAUCAACGAGCAGAGCAUCAGUCACGAGAUCGCGAUGAUUCCUACUGUGACUACCAACAUACUCUAG